GGAAUGAUGCAGAAGAAUGAAAAAGGCUUCAAUGUACAUUUGCAAAGAUGGAUGUGCUGGUGUUAUCAAUGUCGAGCAGUUAAACAAAGCCCUGUGUCUUCCAAAACCAUGUUCUUGUCAUGAGGUCACCAGCUUGUCACUUCACAUCUGCUGGGCUGCCAUGGCUCCUUCCAUCACAUCCUCACAAGACAGCAUCCCAAGCCAAACGGACAAAAAAGGCCUCUCCUUGGACCUAUCGCUUACCAGAAAGAAAAGGUACCAAGGCCUCCACUGGUCUCAUUGGCAAGGACUGAAUCACAUGGCCAUCAAGAUUCACACCCCUGGGCAGGGCUCCCCAUCCCUUGGACAGAAUUGGAGUUGGGGUAACAGGGAAGAAAAGGGUGUUACACAGCAACAAAUGCCCACCACAGGUACCCACAGCCUCUUGCCUUGCUCCUCGGAAGGCCACAAGGAGAAACCCCAUCAUUUUAGAGAGCUUUGGUGUCAUUACAUUUCAAUAAUCAAAGGUCAUUUCCCCUUUUGCCAGCCUCCUCACUGGCAACAAAAUGUGCCUGGGGGCUUUCUUUCUGAACGUUUACAGAUCCAUCUCCCACCUGCCAACCCAGCACCUGGGCAGUUGUAUUCGCUCACAGGUGUCGGGCUGGCAGAUGGGUCUAACAGAAUGGGGAAUGGGAUUAAGAAGUGUCACCCAGCCCCAUCCCCUGAAUGGAAACAAAUCUAUGUUACCAAGUUUACCCUUGCCCUGGGGCCUCAGACAAGGUGCCUGCACCUGGUUGUCAGAUGCAGUGAGGGGAGAAGGAAAGGACUUUCACCUUUUACUGUAUGUAUUCUGCUUUUGUGUGUAAUGAGCAUGCACUUACUCUGUGGUUUUUUAGUUGAAUACAAUUUUUCCAACAUGUUUUUUGCAUCCUGUCCUCUAUCUUUACCCAAACUGUGUCCUUCCUUCAAACCUCAGUUAAUGCCAUCAGUCUUUAUCAAGCCCUUCUACCACCAGGCAGCAGAAUCCACAAGAACAUAG